UAGUUGGUACCUUCCCUGGUUGACUUACCAUCCAUCUUUUGCAAAUUUCCAUACAAAAUAAUGUAUAAUAAUAAUAUAUGUAUCUCUACACUUGUUCUUCCAUUCCCGAUUGAUCAUGGUCAUGGAGGAGGAGGAGGAGGAGGAAAUCAUAGUCUUGGCUCCUCCACCAGGCCUCAAUCUCUUCCCAUCUCUCAGACCUCCUCUCAAAACCCUAACCUUCCACCGAAUCUCCGUUCUUCUCAUCACCUUCCUCGCCUACGCCUCCUUCCACGCCUCGCGAAAGCCACCCAGCAUCGUAAAAGCAGUUCUUGGCCCCCAAAUCAGAUCCGAAAACGGCACAUCCUCACUAAUCGAUGAGGACCCGCCUGGAAUCAACGCUGGUUGGGUUCCGUUCAACCAAUCCGACGGCCUCCAUCGGCUAGGCGAGCUCGAUUUGGCAUUCCUAUUAGCUUACGCGGUCGGAAUGUAUUUCGCAGGUCACAUCGGGGACAGAAUGGAUCUUCGCAUUUUCCUGACGAUUGGUAUGAUGGGAAGUGGCGUUUUGACGAUUGUUUUCGGGUUAGGGUUUUGGCUAAAUAUUCAUGUAUUAUGGUUCUUUGUAUUAGUUCAGAUUAUCUGUGGAUUAUUUCAGUCAAUUGGAUGGCCAUGUGUUGUUUCUGUUGUUGGGAAUUGGUUUGGUAAGUCUUCCAAGAGAGGAUUGAUAAUGGGGGUUUGGAAUUCUCAUACAUCUGUUGGUAACAUUAUCGGUUCUGUGGUGGCAUCCUCUGUAUUGGGAUCUGGUUGGGGUUGGUCAUUCGUUUUGCCAGGCGUUUUCGUUAUGGUUAUUGGGGUUUUGGUUUUUAUGUUUCUGGUUGUGAAUCCUGAAGAUAUUGGUUUGGAGUUGUCUGGAAAAGAAGUUGAGAUGAAUGUUGAAGGUUUGCCAUUGAUGAACUCAGAAAAGGUCGAAAAUGAAGUUGAGAAUUCUGAUGAUACCACAGUUUCAGAAGCAAUUGGGUUCUUGGAGGCAUGGAGAUUGCCUGGAGUGGCGCCAUUUGCAUUUUGCCUCUUCUUCUCUAAGCUUGUGGCUUACACAUUCUUGUAUUGGUUGCCAUUCUACAUUAGACACACAGCUGUUGCAGGAGUGCAUUUAUCUAACAAAACAGCAGGAAUCCUUUCUACAAUAUUCGAUAUCGGAGGAGUAAUAGGUGGCAUAACAGCAGGCUUCGUGUCCGAUUUAAUCGAAGCUCGAGCAGUAACCUCAAUCAUAUUCUUACUCCUCUCAAUCCCCACACUUAUUAUCUACCGAAUUUAUGGAACUAUCUCAGUAUUGGCCAACAUAUCCCUAAUGUUUCUCUCUGGACUGUUAGUAAACGGGCCUUACGCCCUCAUUACAACAGCGGUUGCAGCCGAUCUUGGGACUCAAAGUACAGUGAAAGGAAAUUCGCGAGCAUUGGCUACAGUGACUGCAAUUAUAGAUGGUACUGGUUCGGUUGGGGCUGCCCUCGGGCCUGUUUUGGCGGGUUAUGUUUCUACAAGAGGGUGGAAUAGUGUAUUCUUUAUGUUGAUUGUUUCAAUAUCGUUUGCGGGUUUGUUCUUGAUUCGGGUGGUUAAGAAUGAGAUUAUGGAGAAGAUUAGCCAGGGAAAAUGGCUCUUUUGUAGUAUGUUGAUAUCUCAUUGAACAUAUUAUAAGAAACAUAUUUUAGAUCCCGUUUUGUUGGGAUACAUUCAUACAGCCAGCUUUAGGCAGAUAUUAUUGUAUGAUUUUUGUAUUGGGUAGAAUAGCCUUUUGUAAAUUUUGUUGUGUUAUUAAAUAGAUUGAUAUAACUUUGAGAACUUUCUUUUGUUUUCUU